CAUGUAACUAUCGUCGAGGUGUUUCUUUCAAUAUGGCUGUUGUCAGUCAGACAAAAGACAAACAGUCCGCUUGUGAUUGAAAUCUAGUAAAAAGGCCGGGCACUCCUGCUACUAGCUGGUGGUUGAUCGAUGUGUCGCUUCUGUUAAGAAGUGGUUUUCCCGACCGCCACACGCUGUUUUGUGGUGGUGCAAUAAUUAAAGGGUCAAGUGUACGGAGGCACAUCGAGAUAGCCAGCUAAUAUAAGGAUGUCUCAUUACACAGACGAGCCUCGCUUCACCAUCGAGCAGAUCGACCUGCUCCAGAGGCUGCGGCGUACGGGCAUGACCAAGCAGGAGAUCCUCCACGCCCUGGACACCCUAGACCGGCUGGACCGCGAGCACGGGGACAAGUUCGGUCGUCGCACCUACGGAGGAGGAGCAAAUGUGUCCGACCCCAAUAGCACCACCACAAACAACAACAACACUGCCUCUGUUUCUGUCGCCACCACCUCCUCAACAGCAUCCUCUUCCUGUAGUAAUAAUAAUAAUAAUGGUGGAAUUGGGAGCAGUAAUGUUAGCAUGGCCCUGGCAUCAUCCUCCACCAACUCUACCACCACACAGACACAGUACCUCCCUCCACGUGGGGGGCUCUCCCCGUCGCCUAGCAACGGCUACGACACCUCCCCACCACCCGGCCCGCCCCCGCCCUCUGCCAUCCUCUCGUCCCCGGUGUCGCUGGUCGCCAUGGUGCAGAACGGGGGGCGGGACAGCCUGGCGGCAACGCCCAAUGGGAAGCUCUCGCCGCCUCGGUACCCAAUGAAUAGCGCUGCUGCCGUCAGGCCGUUCGGGUUCGAGGCCACGGAGGAGGAGCUGGACAUUGAUGACAAGGUGGAGGAGCUCAUGAGGAGGGACAGCAGUAUCGUCAAGGAGGAGAUCAAGUCCUUUCUGGGAAACAGGAGAAUCUCUCAGGCUGUGGUGGCUCAGGUCACAGGUAUCAGUCAGAGCAGGAUCUCUCAUUGGUUGCUCCAGCACGGCUCUGACCUCAGCGAACAGAAGAAGAGAGCUUUCUACCGCUGGUACCAGCUAGAGAAAACUACCCCAGGUGCCACUCUAAACAUGUGCCCUGCCCCCAUGGCUCUGGAGGAGAUGGAGUGGAGACAGACCCCACCCCCUAUAAGCACCGCCCCCGGGAGCUUCCGGCUUCGGCGUGGGAGUCGCUUUACCUGGAGGAAGGAAUGUCUGGCUGUGAUGGAGAGCUACUUCAAUGACAACCAGUACCCUGACGAAGCCAAGAGAGAGGAGAUCGCCAACGCCUGCAACGCGGUUAUCCAGAAACCAGGGAAGAAGCUUUCUGACCUGGAGAGAGUCACAUCCCUCAAAGUCUACAACUGGUUUGCCAACCGACGCAAGGAGAUCAAGAGACGGGCUAAUAUUGAAGCCACGAUCUUGGAGAGCCAUGGGAUAGACGUUCAGAGUCCUGGAGGACAUUCCAACAGCGACGACAUCGAUGGAGGCGACUACACAGAACAGGCCUGUGACCUGCCCUACUUCGACAAGAGACCCAUGGCCAGACCCUUUGGCUUCUACAGGCUGGAGCCCACUUCACCCACACAGGAUGAUGGUCCAGGCCAUGGAGACCACCAGGACCCCAUCUCUCUGGCCGUUGAGAUGGCUGCAGUCAACCACACCAUCCUGGCUCUUUCCCGGACCGGAGGGGUGCCCAGCGACAUCAAGACAGAGGCCCUGGAUGAUGACUGAACACGGGGAGGGAAGAGGGGAGGGGG